AAGUAUUGUAACCAUUUAACAGUCUCAUAAUUUUCAGAGGUGCCAACAAUUUAUCAUGAGAGAAGGACUUUGUACACCCAGUACAACCCCUGGGCAUAUACGAACUGCUCUUUCUCCACUGGUAGAAUGUGCUACGUACAUUAAAAGGUUAGAGGUGAUGUGCUCUCCUCCUAUAUACAGUAGAAAGUUUAGAAGGAGAGGCUCAGUUUUCAAUGCUUUCAUUGAUGCCGUGGCCAACUUUUUACAGGUUCACAGAGGGAAGGUCUUGUUGUUAACCGGAGAGCACAAUCUUCUUCGCCUUCUUCAGAAACUAGAAGGCCCUGUUAGAAGAGUUAGGUUUAUAUCUUCAUUAUGCUGUAUUUCGCAAGAGCACGAGUCCUUUUUGGAGCAGAGUGACGAUGAGAGUUUCUGCUCCCAUGAAUUAUCUUCCACUAUAGCUAAAAAAGACAUGACAAAGUCUUUGGAGGGCAGUUUAAUUAACUCAUUUAUUGGUCGACCAUAUGGAGGAGUGUCUUUGGGCUUAAACUUGCUUGGGGAUCUUAAUAAUCUUGUGGCAGUGACAAAGAAUAAAGAGUACCUGAUGCUUCUUGUUUACCUUAUUAAGGCAACUUGCAUUCCAUUGUUUAAAUAUCUGGAAGAUUGGAUAUAUGAAGGUGUGUGUUUUGACCCAGAACUAGAAUUCAUGGUCAAAGUUGACAGCACUUCAUUGCUGCAUCGUGAUCGAAGAUACUGGACUCAUGGAUAUACACUUCGUGACUUGUCAACCAUGCCCUCAUUUCUUAGGGAGGUUUUGGAGGAGGCUUUUGCUUGUGGCAAAGCACUAAACUUAUUGAAGAUUUGCUCCCCUAAGCAUUAUCUAGUGAGUGGUGUUGUCAAGCACCCAAGCCUACAACUUUGUCUAACACAAGAACAACUUCAGAAGAAACAAGAAGAGUGUCAAGCUUACAACGUUCAUGUAGAAUACCUAGCAGCCAAAAUUGAGGUGACUGCAAUGCAAAGAGAUGAACAGAUUAGAGAGGAAAAACAACAGCUGUUGAUUGCAGCUACCAAGAAGCAUUCAGAUGCUAUUAAGCAAAUUGAAAAAAGGAUGGAGGUUGCUCGUAUUCAGGAGAGAGAGAGAAAGCAGCUUGAAUUGAAAGUGCUGAAGGAAGAGAUGGAAAAAGCUUCAGAACGGAAAAAGAUGCAGUUUCAAUUUGAGCUUGAAGAAGAAAGAAGAUUUGCUCAGGAACAGGAGGAAAUUGAACAAAAGCAAAAGGAUCGUGAGGAGGUGUUGAGAGUAAAGAUGGAAAGGUACUAUGAACAGCUCAUGAAAGUGGCUGAGCAGCGAGAAACUCUUGCUAGAUGGAAGGUGGAUCGUUUGCAGCUGAAUGAAGCAAGAAAAAAAUUUCUUACUGAUUAUAAAUGGACCAGAGAAACAGAGUACUAUACUGUGACAGAGGUUGCUGAUAUUUUGGAUGAAAGUAAUGUAAAUGUAGAAGUUGAAGUCAAAUCUUUAUUUGGGAAAGACAGAGAUGAUCAGCUUCAGACCGGUGAUGCCAUUGCUAAAGAAGGACUCCUCAGAAUCGAUCGUGACCGCAUUGAGUAUGUAGAGCCAAGUCCGACAGAAGAGUCAACAUCAGGUUGUGACAUGAGUGUUUCGAGAAUGAGCACAUCCUCAGACUUUGUUGAUACGCCACAUGAUGAAAACAUUCCAGAGUUGGACAUUGAUCCUGUGCGGUCACAAGAACGAAAUGACCAAAUGGUGAGAGGGAAACUCUCUUUUUGGGGCAACCCAUUUGGUAAAAAAAGACAGUCAUUUGAUCGUCAGCUGUUGGAAAGCCCAAGAGAAGAAAUUUAUGAGGAGGGGGCCUCACCAAGUAAUGAAGUUCUUAAAACAGUUUCAGAAUGUAAUCGUCAAAAAGUGAUGCGAGAAGAGUACGGCAUUGAUAUAGGAGAUGCAAAUGCUAACUUUGGCACUUCACUAGUCCGUGAGCAAAAUGGACACGGAAAAGUGAGUAAUGGCGAUGAUGAUGAGAAUGGUAAUUUAGGAAAUCAAGUGCUUCCUUCAGAUAAGCUGAAUUCAAAUUUAACACAGCCUUCAUUUGUAACUGAAGUUCAUAAUAGAUCUUUAUAUUCUAUCAGCACUGGAUUGAACAGUAUCAAUGAGGAUGUUGACAAUGGUAAUAUGUAUAUCCCAGUAGGAAAUAACAAUUUUACUCAGUAUCAAGAAACAAGAAAUGAAGCAGCCAUUAUAAAACAGAAAGUCUUCAGUCAAGAAUUCCAAUCCUCAACAUUGCAGGAAAAUUUUGCAAAUAUAAAUCGGUCACAGAGGAUAUUGUCUGCAGAAGCUCUGAUAAAUAAACAGAAAAUUUUAGGCACAGAAUAUGGCAUGGUAGAUUCAAAUACAACAAAGCCUGAAGGCUCAACAGAUAGUGGGUCUUAUAGCCGUCAAGUAUCUGCCACCAGCUCCUCCACCUAUAAGUCUUGCCAUUCAUAUGACAGGCAAACAUCUGGUUCUACAGUUUUUUCAACACCUGAUGAAGAAAAACCUGUGCUUAUAGAUCAGGUGGGUGGAGAAGUUCUGAAGGAGCGUGGCAGAAGCAUUCAUGGUCAUGCUUCAGAUGCAGUGAUUCACAAACUGCUUUGGAAACAUGAACCUGCUUUAUCUCCAGCUGGGCCAUACUGUGAUACGAGCAUUGAGGAAGGCGUUGUUUCAGUAGUUUCUGUUAGUAAAGUUUUGCCCUACAAUGUGCAGAAUCUCACUACAUCAGGAAAAGAGCAGUUACUUGACAUAAGUGGUAGUGCACUCUUUGGAAAACCUUCAACAGCCAAGAAUGUGAAAGCAUUAACAGAGUUAGUUUCACUUCCAACUGUUAGUGAGCUGUCUUGCUUGCCUGUCAACUUUGUGCGGUCAGUGAAAGCACAUCUCAUUGCUCAAACUCGGCUUGUAAACAGUAGCCUUUUAAGUGAAGUUUUGGUACAAGAAAGUCUCCUUGACCAUUUCUCAGCACUUCGGGCAUUUCUUCUUCUUCAUGAUGCUCAUUUUGCCCGAGCCUUGAUCCUCAAUUUGUGUACAAAGAUUGAUUUAGCAGAAGCUCCAGCAACUGUAUUAACCCCAGUGGUGAUGAACAGUAUAUUGAGCAAGUCCAUCUCUGAGUCUUGUUGGAGUACUAGUCCAUUUGCUGAUAAUCUAACAUUUGCUGUAACAGACACUCCUCCUAAGUUUACUAGUCAAGCAAAUAUUUUAAAUUGCCUGGAGCUUAGAUAUCGAGUGAAAUGGCCUCACACAUUAAUUCUGGAUGAUGCUGUUUUGGACUUGUAUUCCCGAUUAUGGAAAUUCUUGGCUUCUCUCCAUUAUAGUAUUUGGGCUGCAGCUGAUAUUUUCUGUUACACUACAUAUAUAAGCCAUGAGGAUACAACUGGUGCCAUUGUGAAGUGUGCUCAGUUUCAUCAAAUAUGCCUUUAUACUCACCAGAUGCAUCACUUUCUUCUCGUUGUGCAAGCUUAUGUUACAAGCCAGGUUCAUCAAACCAGUUGGACUAAAUUUGAGCAGAAUCUGCGGAAGAAAGUGUCUUCAUUGGACGAACUUUAUGUUUUACACAGUGAUUUGGUGACUGCCAUUGUUUCAAGGUGCUUCUUGAAUAAAAAUGGAGCUGUUGUUUUGAAGCUUAUCCAGGAAGUUUUUUCCCUGAUGCUUCAGUUUCGUUCUCAAUUAAAAAGUCAUGUUUGGCUAAUGAAUAGUACAACAAAGAGAAUGGAGCACCCAGGAUUUGCAGGGUUAGAAAAGACUUACCAUGAGUUCAAGAAGCAUGCUGUAUUCCUUCAUAGAAUGCUUGAGGAGGAAGAGAACAAACUGCCAGAGCGCUGCUAAAAGUGGUUGAACGACAUCAACUCGGACAUAUUCAUGAUCUACUAAACAGAUUAGAUUUUAACGAUUAUUAUAGUAAUCUGAAAUGAAAUUCCAAAAUACUUUUGAAGUGGUAGGUCAUCAAAGGUUGGAUAUUUAUCGCUUCCAUCAUUAAUGAAUAUCUGUAACAUGUUGCAAAAUGUCUCAUUCCUUAGAAAGUAUUGCAAAAUUUUGUGAUAUGUCUUUAUUUAUUUUUAAGUAAGAGUUUAUUGGACAUCUAGUGAAUGCUGUAAGUGUAUUUUAGAAUUUGAGAGCUGUUCAUUGUUUAAGUUACUAUGUAAAUUUUAUAAAGUUUCAUUAUAUCACAAAACUAGGUGUAAACAAGGAUCUUGUAUAUUUUGAUUUUUGCUGCAAAGGAUUACUCAUUUUUCACAAACUUAAAAAGGUAAAUACUUAUGAGUCUCAUAAGCUUACAGUGUAACUCCCACACUAGUAUACCAAAAUAUAAUAGAUUUUAAUUCUCAUUUACUACGUGUAUUUAUUUUUUUAAGCUUAGCAAAUUGUUAAAUUAAAUGUAACCAUGGAAUCCACAACAAUGUUUGAUUAGUUUGGUUAAACUAGAACUCUCCUGUUGCUGAGGUUGAGAAAACCAUGUUUGAAAUUUAACACUCUUAAGACAGGCAUAAAAAGUCCAGGCAGUUAAGCCUUUUCAAAUUUACAAUGAUCUUACAUGAUUUUUUCAUAUUGUAACUUUCUUAUAUUCAAUAUAUUAAAUAUUCUAGACUAACUUUUAGCCAGAAUUAUAAUUUACUUAAUAGACAGCUAAAACUUGCAGUAAGAAAAUAUUUAAGAAUUAUGACAUUUAAGCAGGGAAAGACCAUAGAAAGUGAUUGCAAAGGUAAAAUGAAAAAUAUUAGAGCAGCUGAAAGCAAGAGAAUCUGCAAAUUGCUUUUAGUGCUGCCUUUGUUAUACUUUGGGGUUGCACUGUGGCCCUUACAGGGUAUAUGCAAUACUGAAUGUUCUUUGUGGUACACUUUUUAACCUCGGCUGCAAUACUCUUUUAGUUUCCUUUUAAUCCAUUUCUGUUGGCCUUUUCCCAGCCACCUGUUCGACUAAUUCAUGAUUUUUCUUGCUCAAAAUUUUGCCUCAUUUACACAAAAUCUUCAGGCUAAGUCUUAUUCAAUUCUUGAAAUUUGACCUCACUGACAUAAGCAAUUAGUUGUAGAUAAAAUGUAAAUUUUUUUGCAAAAACUAAAUUAUUUUACUGUGAUAUUAAGAUGUUAAUUUUGUGCAAGUCAUCUGUCAAGCUGGAAGCAAACACUAUAAUUUCUUGAUGGUUUACUUAUUUUCAUUUUCAAGAGCACUGUAAGUGAAAAUUACUGAUUUGGUUAAUCCACCAGUUUUAGUGUAAAACAACCAACACUGAUAAUGACUGUAGAGUGCCAGAGUAUAAAUUUCUGAUGGGUAUUUAAAAAAAAUUACUUCAGAAGUAGUGCAUCCUGCUUCCAUAAUAAUUGUAAUAACUGUUAAAAUAUGAGAUAUAUUAAAAGAAACAAAGUCAAUGAGAAAAGAAACUGUAUUUGUAUCUCCUGAUUUAUAUGUAUAUUCUUUGUGUGACCCAUACAAAAUGAAAAUUUGUUCAUAUACGGAACAAACCUUGGUCUUAACGUAAGGCUAAAUUCUCUGGUUGGUGCUAGCUGGAGUCCAGUUAAAAAGGAAGGAAUUGGUGGUACAGCCAAUAGGGAAGUUGGAGGAGGAAGCUAUGACACCUGCCUUACCCCAGCUACACAUCAUCAAUUCAGUUUCUCUCUAACCAUCUUGUAGCAAGACAGUUCAGUGCCCAUCUUAUGCAAGCUGGUUAUUUUGCACUUCCUGCCUGCAUUUGUCUACAGCGUUCUGGUUUUUUCUUCCUUUUUUUUGUUGUGUGUAUUUUGUGUGCUUUUGAUCUGUGGUUUACUUGCAUUUCUCAAAUGCAAGCCUAUGUUUCUGUUAAGCCUCCCAGGCGUCAGAUGAUAUACUAAUGGAGACUGGUAGUAACCCUUAUUCCCAUUACUUGUCUUUGUCUACUGACCCUCAUCUAGGGAUAAAAAACUAGGGAAAGUAAGGAAACUAAUGGUACCUCAAUCCAUCACCCACCAGAGAUUAUGAGUGUUUUGGGUACAUAACUACAUUUAUAUCAUUAGAAUUUCAAUUGUUCACAUUUGAACAUUGAAACACUCAAUUAUCAAACAAGUUUCACUGUUACUUUCCAAUCAUAUCUAGAAACCAUGAGGUACUGGUGUCAAUUACAUAUUUUAAUUUCAAUGCAUUUGAAGAGGAGGAGGUACAAAAACUGUAUGAUUGGCAACUGUUUCUUAUACUAUAUGUGUAUGAAAUAGUAUCAUACAAGACGUAUCUGUGUUCAUUAUUAAACAUGUUCAAUGAUUCCUCUAACCUAGAAGAAAGGUGUGAGUGUUAAAUAACAUCAUAAGUCUAUAUUAACUAUAAUAAGUAAGGCCUUCAAAAAUGAAUGUAUUGGAUGUAAGGGAAAAAGCAAAUGGAAAAAAAAAUUUUACAACCCUACCCUCACCCCACUUGUCGUAGGUGCAGAUCUAACAUUUGCAACGUAAGUAACCCUUGUUCUGCUUGUGUCUUUGGUCUCCUGAGCAACGAGAGAGAUUUGCUAAUAAAAGGCA